AUGCUGAGCGGAGCGGCUGGAGCUGCGCGGUGUGGCGGAGCAGCGCUCACUCCCUCGCUCGCUCACUCGCUCGCAGGGACACACGCAGGGGCUGACAGCUGUGCUGGUGCUGAUAAGGGAAGCCACAAGGAGACGAUCGAGGAGAGAGACAAGCCGCGGCAGAGGCAGCAGCAGCACAGGCAGCACCAGGGCUGCGGAGCUGCUGGGAGUGGGAGUGACUCCCCCACCUCAGGCCCCCACCCUGUCCCCGUCCUCCUCCCGCUUGCCCUGAGUUUAGAAGAGCAGCCGCUGCCACCACCGCCACUCCGGAGGGCACCGGGCUCCCAACCAGGGAGGGACAGGGGCAGGGAGGCUCCGGCCAGUCCCAGCAGCCGGGGACAGAUGCCGAUCGAGAUUGUGUGCAAAAUCAAAUUUGCAGAGGAGGAUGCGAAACCCAAGGAGAAGGAGGCAGGGGAUGAGCAAAGCCUCCUGGGGGCGGCACAGGGGACAGCAGCCCCCCGAGACCUGGCCACCUUUGCCAGCACCAGCACUCUGCAUGGGCUGGGCCGGGCCUGUGGCCCAGGCCCCCACGGACUGCGCAGAAGCCUGUGGGCACUGGCCCUACUCACCUCACUGGCCGCUUUCCUGUACCAGGCUGCCGGCCUGGCACGGGGCUACCUGACCCGGCCUCACCUGGUGGCCAUGGAUCCUGCUGCGCCAGCCCCAACAGCGGGCUUCCCGGCCGUCACCCUCUGUAACAUCAACCGCUUCCGACACUCGGCCCUCAGCGACGCUGACAUCUUCCACCUGGCCAACCUGACGGGUCUGCCCCCCAAGGACCGGGAUGGGCACCGUGCCGCCGGCCUGCGCUAUCCGGAGCCCGACAUGGUAGACAUCCUCAACCGCACCGGCCACCAGCUCGCAGACAUGCUCAAGAGCUGUAACUUCAGUGGGCAUCACUGUUCCGCCAGCAACUUCUCCGUGGUCUAUACUCGCUACGGGAAGUGUUAUACCUUCAACGCCGAUCCACAGAGUUCGCUGCCCAGUCGGGCAGGGGGCAUGGGCAGUGGCCUGGAGAUCAUGUUGGACAUCCAGCAGGAGGAAUACCUGCCCAUCUGGAGAGAGACAAAUGAGACAUCAUUCGAGGCUGGCAUCCGGGUGCAGAUCCAUAGCCAAGAGGAGCCCCCCUACAUCCACCAGUUGGGUUUCGGUGUGUCCCCAGGCUUCCAGACCUUUGUGUCCUGCCAGGAACAGCGGCUGACCUAUCUGCCCCAGCCCUGGGGCAACUGCCGGGCGGAGAACGGGCUCUGGGAGCCCGAGCUUCAGGGCUACUCAGCCUACAGUGUGUCUGCCUGCCGGCUGCGCUGUGAAAAGGAGGCCGUGCUUCAGCGCUGCCACUGCCGGAUGGUGCACAUGCCAGGCAAUGAGACCAUCUGCCCGCCGAAUAUCUACAUCGAGUGUGCCGACCACACACUGGACUCCUUGGGAGGGGGCUCCGAGGGCCCGUGUUUCUGCCCUACUCCCUGCAACCUGACUCGCUACGGGAAAGAAAUCUCAAUGGUCAGGAUCCCCAACAGGGGCUCAGCCCGGUACCUGGCGAGGAAGUACAACCGCAAUGAGACCUACAUCCGGGAGAACUUCCUGGUCCUUGAUGUCUUUUUUGAAGCCCUGACCUCUGAGGCCAUGGAGCAGCGAGCAGCCUAUGGCCUGUCAGCCCUGCUGGGAGAUCUCGGGGGACAGAUGGGCCUCUUCAUUGGGGCCAGCAUCCUCACACUACUGGAGAUCCUGGACUACAUCUAUGAGGUGUCCUGGGACCGACUGAAGCGGGUGUGGCGUCGUCCCAAGACCCCCCUGCGGACCUCCACCGGGGGCAUCUCCACCCUGGGGCUGCAGGAGCUGAAGGAGCAGAGUCCAUGCCCGAGCCGGGGCCGCGCUGAAGGUGGGGGAGCCAGCAGCCUGCUCCCCAACCACCACCACCCUCCUGGCCCCCGAGGAGGCCUCUUUGAAGACUUUGCUUGCUAGGACGGUGCUGUCUAAAAAGACCCAGGGGUCUGGGAACCCUCCCAGUAUCCCCAACAGUCUCCUCCCUCCUGGGACACAAGGCCUGGGGGCAGCCCGAGGGAAGGGGGAGAGGGCAGAGGGCGGUCCUCACUGGGAGGGUGGGGAUUCAGUUCAGGCUCUCACCAGCUCUGGCGCCAGCUGCUUUGCACAAGGGUCUUUCUUGCCCACCCCC